AGAACUCGUCCGCUGGCUCUGGGCCUGGCUGCAUGGAAAAAAGAUGGGCUUUUACAAUAAAGGUCGGAAGAAGGCAGCAGAAUCCAUCUUGAGAUGAAAUAACAUGUACCUGGACCUCUGGCAGAAUUUCAAGGCACACACUGGGCUGACCCUGGGGCCAUGAUGUCGCCUUAUCCUUCAGCACUGGGAGAUGAAGACUGGGAGGAGAUUUUCCUUUCAAAGAAUGGGGAACAUAUAGAGACCAUGAAGAAAUUGGCUCAAAAUCAUGAAGCAAAAGGCUUGCCUUCUAAUGAUACUGACUGGCCCCAGGAGAAGGAGGGAAAGGCCCAAAUAGUGGUACCAGUUACAUUAAGGGAUGUGACUGUGAUCUUCACGGAAGCAGAAUGGAAGAGACUGAGUCCAGAGCAGAGGAAUCCAUACAAAGAAGUGAUGCUGGAGAAUUACAGGAAUCUUCUCUCAUAGGCAGAUCCAAAGCCAGAAAUCUACCCUUGUUCCUCCUGCCUUCUGGCCUUCUCUUGUCAGCAAUUCCUCAGCCAACAUGUGCUUCAGAUCUUCCUGGGCUUAUGUGCAGAAAAUCACUUCCAUUCAGGGAAUUCUAGCCCAGGGCGUUGGAAACAGCAGGGGCAGCAGUAUUCCCAUCAAAGCUGCUGGUAUGAAAACACAGAAGAUCAGGAGAGAGGAGGUGGCUCCAAACCCUGGUCUGCAAGGACAGAGGAGAGAGAAACCUCAAGGGCAUUCCCCAGCCUACUCCCAAGACAGUCAGCAAGUCCUAGAGAAGGCAACAUGGUGGCAGAAACAGAGCCCAGUUCAGCCCAAAGAACAAACCAUGCGCCCAAAGACUUGAAGGAAUUGGAAACCUUGAGAUUUGAAGCAAUCAGCUGUAGAGAGUGUGAACCAGACCAUAACCUGGAAUCAAACUUUAUUACAAAUCCAAGAACGCUCUUAGGGGAGAAGCCCUACAUUUGCAGUGAUUAUGGGCAAGGCUUUCAAGAUAGAUCAACCUUCAUCAGACACCAUCGGACACACUCGAUGGAGAAGCCUUAUGUGUGAAGUGAGUGUGGGCAAGGUUUUAGCCAGAAUUAUAACCUCAACGGACCCCAGAUAACACAUUCAGAAGAGAAGCCUUAUUUGUGCACGGAGUGUGGGCAAAGCUUUAGAAAUAAGUCCAUCCUCAAUAGACAUCAGUGGACUCACUCAGAGGAGAAGCCCUAUGUUUGCAGCGAGUAUGGCCGAAGCUUUAGCGAGAAGUCAUCCUUCAUCAGACACCAGGGGACACACUCAGGUGAGAAACCCUAUAUGUGCCUAAAGUGUGGACGAGGUUUUUGUGAUAAGUCAACCCUCAGAAAACACGAGAGGAUUCACUCCGCGGAGAAGCCUUAUUUGUGCAGGGAGUGUGGGCAAGGCUUUAGCCAGAACUCAGAUCUCAUCAAACACCAGAGGACACACUCAGAUGAGAAGACUUAUGUUUGCAGGGAGUGUGGGAGAGGCUUCUGCGACAAGUCAACCCUCAUGAUACAUGAGCCAAUGCACUCUGGAGAGAAGCCUUAUGUGUGUGGUGAGUGUGGAUGAGGCUUUAGUCGGAAAUCAUUCCUUGUUGUCCACCAGAGGACACACUUGGGGGAAAAGCAUGAUGUUUGCAGGGAGUGUGGGUGAGGUUUUAGCCAGAAGUCAAAUCUUACCAGAUACCAGAGGACACACACAAAUGAGAAGCCUUAUAUUUGCAGGUAAUGUGGGUGAAGCUUUUGUGACAAGUCAACCCUCAUUUUACAUGAGAGGACACACUCAGGAGAGAAGCCUUUUUGCAGUGAGUGUUGCUGAGGCUUUAGCCAGAAAUCACUCCUCCUUGUCCACCAGAGGACACACUCAGGGAAGCAUUAUGUUUGUAGGGAGUGCGGGCGAGGCUUUAGUCGAAAGUCAAAUUUCAUCAGGCACCAGAGGACACACUGAUGGGAGAAACCUGUGUAUGCAGGGGUCAUGGGCAAGACUUGAGUGAUCAGUCAAGCCUCAUGUUACCCCAGAGAGACACAUGGGGAAUAGAUACACUCAUAUGUAUGCAGAAUGUGGGUGAAGUUCCAGAGAUGUGUCGACCCUUAUCUGGCAUGGGAGGGACACGUUCAGGAGAGAAGCCUUAUGAGUAUAGAAUGUGUACAGAGGAUACACUGAAGAGAGAAAUUUCAUUUGUGUAGAGACCGUGGGUAAGGCUUUAGCAAUAAUCAACAUUUACCAAACAUCCAAUGACAGCCUCAGGGGAAAGCACCAUUGUCUGGGGAGUGUUGGUGAGCAAAAGAAUGGACAGUCAAGGUGGCCCUCAGGAAGGAGGUCAUUGUUGCAGGGUGUAUGGGCAAAGCUUUUGUGAUCACACACCACAGGCAGAAUCGGCAUGUGGGGACACUGUGGAGCUCUGCCCAGAUGGCCUUUUCAGGGCUAACAGCUCAGCUGUCUGGGAGAACAGUGUUGCUGCUGGCAGAGAUGCCCUCAACUCUGGAACUCGCUCUCAGCCACAGGGAGCUGCACACCCUGGGGGUAUGCAUCUUCGCAGGGGUAGCUCCCGGCCCCACCCCUUGACUCAACUGGGACAACUCCAGAAGGUCAUUCCAGAUCCAGAGGUCCCAGUUGAACUGAAGGAUCACUGGGUUGCAGACACAUUGCAGGUCAGCCUCUUCCUCUGCACAGUCCUGCCCUCACUCCCCAAUGAAUCCUCAAUUUUCCAUCUCAUUGUCUCUCCAGAGAAUUGAUUCUAAGACAUGUUAGGUAUAUAAGGAGUGUGGAUAAGGCUUCAGCCAUGAGUGACCCCUUAUACAGAAUAGAAAUACUUCCGCACGUGUGGGGAGAAUGGACAAGGACUUAGGAAAAAGGUGCACCUCAUCAAAGAACAGCUUUUUUUUGGGACAAACUUUACAUGGGUGAAGAGGGAAAAUGUGAAACACACUAGUAGUAAGUUAAACCUCAUCUUGUGCUAGAGGAGGACACGCUCAGGGAGAAGACCUGUGUGGGCAGGGCUUGUGGGCGGAGCUUCAUCCGAUGCCCCUCCUCAGCUGACUUAAGAGGACUGUCUUGCCACCCCAAGUCGCUACCUCACUCACCUCUGAGGGGUUUUCAGGAGAGGUCUUGACUCCACCAUUUACUCUGUAUGUGAGCGAAGAUGGCAGUAACUGUUAAAUAACCAUUUUUUCUACUUCUUGGAAUCAGAUGCAAUAAAAAAGACUUAUUUGUGCCCCAAAGGGUUAUUCCUGCUUGCCUGGUGACUGUGGACCAACUCUGGCCUGCACAACCUUCCCCCUCAAAACUUUUCUGCUGUCCAGUGGGCUGCAACCACAUCUCCAGUAAGGACUGAACCCUAGGCUUGGGUAGGGAAUCCUCCUUCCAAGUUUAUCCUUGGGUAA